AGUGCGCAGGCGCGGCCUUCGGGUUUCCCCGGCUACAGUCGGCGUUUCUGCCCGCUAGUCCGCCGCCGGCUCUUCCGCCGCCCUGCGCCAUGGCGGGCUGCGCGGCGCGGGUUCCGCCGGGCUCCGAGGCGCGCCUCAGCCUCGCUACCUUCCUCCUGGGCGCCUCGGUGCUCGCUCUGCCGCUGCUCACGCGCGCCGGCCUGCAGGGCCGCACCGGGCUGGCACUCUACGUGGCGGGGCUCAACGCGCUGCUCCUGCUGCUCUACCGGCCGCCGCGUUACCAGAUAGCCAUCAGAGCUUGCUUCCUUGGCUUUGUGUUCGGCUGCGGAGUGCUGCUAAGUUUCAGCCAGUCUUCUUGGAAUCACUUUGGCUGGUACGUGUGCUCGCUGUCUCUAUUCCACUAUUCUGAGUACUUAGUGACAGCUGUCAAUAAUCCCAAAAGUCUGUCCUUGGACUCCUUCCUCCUGAACCACAGCCUGGAGUACACAGUGGCUGCCCUGUCCUCCUGGAUAGAGUUCACACUUGAAAACAUCUUUUGGCCAGAGCUGAAGCAGAUUACAUGGCUCAGUGCCACUGGGCUGCUGAUGGUGGUCUUUGGAGAAUGCCUGAGGAAAGCUGCCAUGUUUACAGCUGGCUCCAACUUCAACCAUGUGGUGCAGAGUGAAAAGUCAGACACCCACACUCUGGUGACAAGUGGGGUAUACGCUUGGUGCCGGCACCCCUCCUAUGUGGGCUGGUUUUACUGGAGUAUUGGAACCCAGGUGAUGCUGUGUAACCCCAUCUGUGGCGUGGUCUACGCCCUGACGGUGUGGCGCUUCUUCCGAGAUCGCACAGAAGAGGAGGAGAUCUCGCUGAUUCAUUUUUUUGGGGAAGAAUACUUGGAUUAUAAGAAGAGGGUGCCCACAGGCCUGCCUUUCAUAAAGGGGGUCAAGGUGGAGCUAUGACGGGGGUGAGGCCCCGUGGGACCAGGGCACCUCUGGCCCUGCGAAGCCUAGGACAAAACUGUUUCAACUUGGGCACUGCAGAGUGAGUUUUCUUAGUUGUUUUAUAUGUAACUAGUUACUCCUCAGAACGUCACCAGGACCUAACGUUGAGAAGACUUUGGGUCCAAAGGAGCCACAGACACCAUCUCCUGCACUGAAGGCAGGUAGAGCAAGGAGCGUUCAUCAGCGCCUCUUCCACAGUGGCAGGGUGAUGACCCAAGCCACAGUCCUGUGCCCCCUCAGGACAGAGUGUGUUUGCACGGUGACCAGGAUACUCGGGAGAGUUGGCCACUGCCCUUUGCAGCACUCAGCCCACUGCGGGUGUGGUCAGAGUUGCCGAAUAUCAGCAUUCAAAAUGCAUCAAAAACCUUUCAUUUAACCCACAAUACAACCCAGCUUUAACCUUUGUCCGCCCAUAAGUGCAUGAGCAUCAGCAUUAACUCUAAAGACUUCUACCCUUCGGCUUAUCAUACAUUUAAUCAUAUUUACACACCAAUCUUAUAAAAGUAACAGUGUAGAUUCCAAGGGACACGGAGCCUCCCUGCUUGGGAGUUUCUAAGUCCAGCUUUUCCGUGGCGACAGGUAGCACAGGCCCUCAGGUGCUCUGCAGCGUUUGAGUAGCCAUUGAGCCUGGGCUGAGGAUGUGGGCCCCGGGAUUCCCAGGUCCUGGCAUUGGCUCGUCUGUACCCCUAGGAGGUCAUGUCUGUGCUAAUUCCGAGAAAUGCUGCCCUCCAUGUGUUUGGGAUUAUUCUUCUUUAUCAUAGCUUGUGUUUUUUAUUUUUAUGUUGCAAUGAGUCUGUCAAAUUAGUUUCCUGUGUUUUUUCAAAGUCAGUCACCUUACUGCAGCAGCAAGUGUUUUCCAGAAGGUCCCAGCAUAGCCUAUGCAUCUGCAGCCUGAGGCAGACUGACCCUCAGCAGUCCACGGCCCUGGUGUGAGAUCCUUCCAGAUUUGGUUUGGUUUAUUGUCCUCAGAGCUCCUACCUUGAGAUGUACAAGGGUCUUAAAAGUCUGUCAAGCAUGAGCGCAAAACCAUGGGUAGAGAAUCCAUGGGUGAGAAUCUGAGUGUGUUUCAGCUCACACUCAGCUCUGAUAAAGGCCUGCUGCAGGGCCUUCCCUGCCAGCUCUAGCAGAGUCCAGAUCAGCCUGCUCAGUGCUCUGUGCAGCAGCCGGGUCCUCUCAGACUUGAGAAAAACCUUUCUCUUCUCCCUGCACCACUGAGCAGACAUUGCUGGGUUGAAAAGAAUGGAUACUUGGUUUAGUAUUCCUGCCGUCAGCCACUGGUAACCCUUGAGUACAGCUCUCUUCCUCGGGAGACCUCCUUCCUUCACAGCACACCAGUGCACAGCAGCACACUCGGUGCUUCAGGUCAGGCGAGCCCAGGCCCCAGCAGUGGCCAUGGUGUUCCUAAGCACACUGGCAGCUUGCUGUACAGAGGCCAGGUCUCCACCAGGGUACCAAAACAGGGUUGGUAAUUAAUGCUAAGCUGGAAUCCAGCAGGACACAAGUGCACAUGGGUGCUGACUUGGGGCUUGAUGUUGGCAGUGGCAGCAUUGGCACUGAACAAUUGUCAGGAACAGUGUGACAGUCAUUCCCCCGAUGGGGGCAUGUUGACUUUGGCGGCUCACAGUUUACUGGUUGGCUGGCUGAAAGCAGGACUGCUGUUCGCUGCCCUGCAGCUGCUGCUGGGAGGACUGCUGUUCGCUGCCCCGCAGGCUGCUGCUGCGGCUCUCUCAGCGGAGCUGAUGGUCGUGCAGCUGCUGGGUCUGCAGACCUGUUCCACAAGUGCUCAGAGGCCCAUCUGAAGGAAGCAGGAAUACGGGUGGCUCUGGCCAAGAGGUGGGGGAAGGUUAAUAUGGGUGGGUGCUCAAUAUUGAGAUACCGUAGGACCUUGUCAGGUCAGAGAGAACAAUCAAGUGGCUGGUUUGUACUGUGUUGUAGGAUGCAGCCAGAGUUGACAAAACCUCGGGGGUUGUGUAAAUGAGGAAUUCUAGCUUGCUCUUGACAUAAUAGACAGGCAUCCCAUCAGCAGGGAAGUGGACCUCCACCAGGAGGCGCUCCGUCAGCAGUGCCAGUUCCUCCACCAGGAGGCGCUCCGUCAGCAGUGCCAGUUCCUCCACCAGAACUUCUGAGAAUCCAGAAACCUCAAAGACUUGUGCCCUGAUCAGUGUAGUAAGCCAGGGAAGCCGACAGGAGACAGGAGAGCCUCGAGCCAGCCCAGCUGAAGUGUUCUCGGGGCUGCCUGCAGGCAGCACUGCUGUGGGGCUGACACCGGGUGAAGGUGGGAGGGGGGUGGCCAGAGCAUGGCUCACCACCACGCCCUCCUGUGCAUCAGGGUGGGGCCAGGACCGCCUACCUCACAGGGGUGUGGUGAGAAGAUGGGCUGGAUGGCAUAAGGAAAUCUUAGGACAAGAACCAGGUUUCUGUGUGUUCAAAAGUAAUGUGUGCUAAUGUGUAUCCAAAAAGCAUUCUGCCAGCUUGCAAGUAGUUUAUUUUUAGACUUUGUGGCUUAGUUUUUUGUUGUUCUAUAUACCAAAGAGGCUUACGGGUUUGCCAGUUGCCAUGUGAGGCCAGUUGGCUCAGGAGCUGCCAACCUUCAGGACCUGAGGCUUGCUGAGCUCUGUGGCAGCCGUGGCUGCUGUCCUCACCAAGCUGCCCAGGAGUCACCACGGUGAUAUGAAUGGAGACAGUCCACAGUUCCUAUAGCCUGUCCUACUCACUAGGCUGCAGACAGGAGGAAAUGGAGUUUUGGCAGUCAUGCCCGGCUCUUUCUCAAUGCAUCUAAGCUGGCUGCCUCCAGCCUCCCAUUCCCUCAAGGGCCAUGAAGUUGUCUUUUUGAUGGAUGGAGAGUAGCUAAUGACAGCCCUUGGCAUUGUGGGUGGUAAGGCUGAAUGUUGGCAUUUGAUGCUACCUUCCUCCUGCCAGAGGCCAGAGUUCAGCCUUAGGACCCAGAGAGAGUGAACCCCAGGCCAUUGGGAACUCUUGGUGAGACGCUGGGCUGUACCUUAGGAGAUAGGAGGUUGCAUUCUUUAAAGAGCAUCCCGAGGAUGUGGAAGGGUGGACCGAGCCACCCUUCUGACACUCCCAGGUAGCAGUCGGCAGUCCACAGGGGAAUCUGAGCCUCUUGCAGGCAGGAUGUGGCAGGUGAUUGGUCUCUGCUGCAGUGGGCUGGAGAUCAUCUUAACUUUCUGAAUGUAACCGUAACAGGUGGCAGCAGAAUUGGGUUGCUGAGGCUCUUCAGGUAUUAAAAGGGCUGCCAAGUCUUAGGGUUUCCACAAACAAGGGCUUGUUAGGAGAUUGAUUUGACUCCUUGCCGGCUUCAGAGUGGGGGGGGGGUUGUGUGUGGAAAGUGGGUACCUUACAGAAAAAAGGCAGGAAGCAUUCAGGAGAUCCUGCUACAAGCCGGUAUGGCUUCAAGCAGGGCGGAAGCUUAAUAGUGGUGUCCUUGGUGGGAGCUGCUGCUGGGACCUAGGGUGUCACCUUAUCAGUUCUUCCCACUUAGUUGCUAACUUGGGGGCACUCAGUGGCAAGCAGGGCUCAGCCAAAGCUGGACUGCUGCCUCAGAAAGAGCCAGUGAGGCCUGCUCCUCUGCAUUCUCCCUGCCUUAGGUAGCUCUGCGUUACAGUGGCGGCCAGGUAGAGCCCUCAGCCUCCCCGUGGGCGUGGGCGAGCAGCUGCCUGGCUGGGAAGCUUGUCCCUCGCUCGCUCGCUCGCUCGCUCGCCCUGAGUCCUGAGUGGAGGCAGCUCGUCUGACCCAUUGCAAGGAAGGAGAACUGUGGAGUAGUCACUGUACUCUUCUUUUUACAUACAGAAAUGUUUAUUUAAGUAUAAUAAAAUGGGAUUUUCUUUCACAGAUACUGGAUAUUCUUUCUAAUUCUUAAUAAAACUGUACUUGGUUUCA